AUGGUUUCAUUUUCUAAAAUAUUUUUUUUCUCCCUAAUAUUCAUUUUAUAUUUAAAUGAAAAGGCAAUAUGUUCCAUAAAUGAAAACGAAAAUGACAAUGAAACUGUAACUAGUAGUCACAAUGUACAAUAUAAUGAUAAUAUUGAUCAGUUAAAAUCGAUGAUUGGAAAUGAUGAACUACAUAAAAAUUUAACAAUAUUAGAAAAAUUAAUUUUAGAAUCGUUAGAAAAGGAUAAAUUAAAAUAUCCUCUACUUAAACAAGGAACUGAAGAAUUAAUCGAUAUAUCGAAAUUUCAAAAAAAAAAUGUAAGCGAUACGAACGAUGAAUCUUAUAUCGUACCUACGAUCCAAUCGACUUUUGAGGAUAUUGUAAAAUAUGAACAUCUUAUGAAAAAACAAUUAAUAGAAAUUUACAAUUCUGAUAUUUCAGAUAUAAUUAAAAAAAAAAUAUUUAUUGUAAGAACAUUAAAAACAAUAAAAUUAAUGCUUAUACCAUUAGAUUCGUACAAACAAAAUAAUGAUUUGAAAACUGCGCUCGAAGAAUUAAAUAAUGUAUUUAUAUCAAAAAAUGUUGAAGAGAAAACAACUAGUCCUGUAGGGGAUCACGCAACAUUUUUUAAUAAUUUGUUAACACAUGUAAGAACAAUUAAAGAAAACCAAAAUAUAGAAAAUAAAGGUGAAACACUUCUACUAGAGGACAAUAAAGUAGAUGUAAUGGAUUCGAAUGAUUUCUUUUUUACGACCAAUUCCAAUAUAAAAUUUAUGGAAGCAUUAGAUGAUAUAACAAAUCAAUAUGGAUUAGGGUUAAUUAACCAUUUGGGUCCUCAUCUAAUAGCUCUGGGACAUUUUAUUGUUUUGAAACUAGCACUUAAAAAUUAUAACAAUUAUUUCCAAGCAAAAAGUAUAAAAUUUUUUAGUUGGCAAAAAAUAUUAGAGUUCUCCAUGUCUGACAGAUUUAAGGUUCUUGACAUGAUGUGCGAUAAUGAAUCUGUUUACUAUUCCGAAAAAAAAAGAAGAAAAACGUACUUGAAAAUUGAUCGAUCGCACACAUCUAUGGAAUGUAAUAUAUUGGAAUAUCUAAUACAUUAUUUUAAUAAAUAUCAAUUAGAAAUAAUUAAAACUACUCAAGAUACUGAUUUUGAUUUACAUGGGAUGAUGGAACAUAAAUAUAUAAAAGAUUAUUUCUUUUCAUUUAUGUGUAAUGAUCCGAAAGAAUGUAUUAUAUAUCAUACGAACCAAUUUAAAAAAGAAGCAAACGAAGAAAAUACUUUUCCUGAACAAGAAGAACCUAAUCGCGAAAUAAGUGCAUAUAAUAUAUAUUUAAAUUAUUAUUAUUUCAUGAAACGUUACAGUUCCUAUGGAACAAAAAAAACCUUAUAUGUCCAUUUAUUAAACUUAACAGGGCUUCUAAAUUAUGAUACGAGAGCCUACGUCACAUCACUUUAUUUACCAGGAUAUUACAACACUGUCGAAAUGUCGUUCACCGAAGAAAAAGAGUUUUCCAAACUUUUUGAAAACUUAUUAAAAUGUAUUGAGAAAUGUCAUUUACACCAACCAAACACAUUAUCAAAAGAUAGUAAUUUCCUUAACGAUGUAUCCAAAUGCGAUGUAUGUAAAGGAGCCUUCUUAUAUUCUAACAUGAAAUUUGAUGAAGUUCUUUCGAUGCUACAGAAAUUUUACGUAUAUUUAACUAAAGGGCUCAAAAUACAAAAAGUAUCAUCACUAAUGAGAACGUUAGAUAUUUAUCAGGAUUACAGUAAUUUCUUAUCACAUGAUAUUAAUUGGUACACAUUUCUAUUUUUAUUUCGACUAACCAGUUUUAAGGAUAUUGCGUACAAAAAUGUCGCUGAAGCAAUGUAUUUAAAUAUAAAAGAUGAAGAUUCGUUCAACCGAACGGUCGUGACGAAUUAUUGGUUCCCUUCUCCUAUAAAAAAAUAUUAUACUUUAUAUGUGAGGAAACGUAUUCCAAACAAUUUAGUCGAUGAACUGGAGAAAUUAAUGAAAGUUGGAACAUUAGAAAAAAUGAAAAAAGCUCUUACAUUUUUGGUCCAUGUCAACUCGUUUUUACAACUAGAUUUUUUCCAUCAACUGAAUGAACCGCCUCUAGGAUUACCACGAUCCUACCCUUUAUCGUUAAUUCUCGAACAUAAAUUUAAAGAUUGGAUGAUUAGUUCGCCCGCAGGGUUUUAUUUUUCAAAUUAUCACAAUCCAUAUAUAAGAAAAGAUUUGCACGAUAAAGUUUUAUCACAAAAAUUUGAACCUCCAAAAAUGAACCAGUGGAACAAAGUUUUGAAAUCGUUGAUCGAGUGCGCAUAUGAUAUGUAUUUUGAACAGAGACAUGUGAAAAAUUUAUAUAAAUAUCAUAAUAUUUAUAAUAUCAAUAACAAAUUAAUGUUAAUGCGCGACUCCAUGGAUUUGUACAAAACACAUUUUGACGACGUGUUAUUUUUUGCAGAUAUAUUUAAUAUGAGAAAAUAUAUGACUGCCACCCCAACAUAUAAAAAAGUAAAAGACCGAGUCUAUCAUACAUUACACAGCAUUAUGGGAAAUUCUGUCAAUUUUUAUAAAUAUGGUAUCAUAUAUGGAUUUAAAGUAAAUAAAGAAAUAUUGAAAGAAGUGGUGGACGAAUUGUUUUCCAUAUAUAAUUUUAACACAGAUAUAUUUUCCGAUACAUCUUUCCUACAAACGGUUUAUUUACUAUUUAGACGAAUAGAAGAAACGUACAGGACACAAAGAAGAAACGACAAAAUGAGUGUGAAUAAUGUUUUUUUCAUGAAUGUUGCAAAUAAUUAUUCGAAAUUAAACAAAGAAGAACGCGAACUGGAAAUCCAUAAUUCUAUGGCAUCCCGAUAUUAUGCAAAAACGAUGUUUGCAGCAUUUCAAAUGUUGUUUUCCACAAUGUUAAGCAACCAUGCGGAUCAUCUGGACAAAGCCUAUGGAUUAAGUGAAAAUAUCCAGGUAGCAACAAGUACGUCCGCAUUUCUUACAUUUGCUUAUGUCUAUAACGGAAGUAUUAUGGACAGUAUGACCAACAGUUUGUUGCCACCAUAUGCGAAAAAACCUAUCACACAAUUAAAAUAUGGGAAAACGUUCGUUUUCUCCAACUAUUUCAUGCUUGCAUCCAAAAUGUACGAGAUGUUAAAUUAUAAAAAUUUAAGUCUGUUAUGUGAAUAUCAGGCCGUAGCAAGUGCUAAUUUCUACUCGUCUAAAAAAGUGGGUCAGUUUAUUGGAAGAAAAUUUUUACCUAUUACCUCAUAUUUUCUUUAUUUGAGAUUGAAAGGUAAUAUAACUGGUGACUCUAAAGAUUACUAUAAAUUGUUCGGUAAUUGGGAGAAUACACAUCCCCCAUAUUUCUUUUUUUAUUUUUUCACGAAUUUAUACCUGGAUGCGGGCAAAUCGUUUCCUGGAGGGUUUGGUCCUGCAAUAAAAGAACAAACACAACAUUUUAGUGAAAAAACGUACGAACGCAAACCGUCAGUUCAUAGUUUUAAUAGAAAUUUUUUCAUGGAAUUGACGAACGGAUAUUAUGGAGUAUUCAAUAAAUAUUUUAUAAAUUAUGCCAGAACCAAACUUAAAGAAUUUACUAGUGAUCUUUUAAUAAAAUAUCAACGUGAAGCGUACUUAAGUAUGAAGAAAUAUGGGUAUUUAGGUGAAGUUAUUGCUUCAAGAUUGUCGCCCAAAGAUAAAAUCAUGAAUUAUUUGCACGACACUAACGAGGAGACCAUGAAUAAUUUACGACGAUACGAUAUGGAACAUGGGUUCAAGAACAAAAUGGCUACCUAUGUAGACGAUUUUGCUUUUUUUGAUGAUUGUGGCAGAAAGGAACAAUUUUUGAACGAAAGAUGUGAUUAUUGUCCUGUGGUAGAAGAGGUGGAAGAAACACAAUUAUUUACUUCUGCUGAUGAAACAACGAAAGUAACAAAGUCACCCACUAGUACCUAUAUUGAUGUUGAAAAAAUAGAAGAAACAGGUUCGACAGAUAGUGACGAUGAUGAAAAAGAUUUCGAUGAACCCGACGACGAAUUAAUGGUCGCACGAUUUCACUAA